GUAAAAAGAGUCGUUGAUUCCCUUGACUCUUGACUAAACUCUUUUCAUUAUCUAUCACGAUGGACUCUGUAGCGGUGUCAUGUAAUAAUUGUGGCUUACCAUAUACAUUGGCAGAGCAUGAGGUCGUGGGGAGGCUGCCCCAUGUGCUCUUCUGUGGUCACAUCUUCUGCUCAGACUGUCUCUGCUCUCUGGUGUGUCCUCAGGACUCCACCAGCUCCGAGUCCUCCAUCAGCUGCCCCCAGUGCACGAUGAGCACUGAAAUCGGUGAAGAAGGGGUGGAUGGAUUGCAGGUGGACAGCAGGAUAAUUGGCCUUAUCUACACAGCCAAGAUGAACUCCAAGAGGAGACAGCCAUUUCGCAGAUGGAGGAGUCCAGCAGCACAUCCUUCUGACCACAAGAAUCUUGCUGAAGAGGGUCCAGAUGUGGUGAAGAUUUUAAACGAAGCCCUCUCUAAAGCAUCAGAAAACCUUAAAACUCUAGAUAGCCUGCACCAGACUCUGGCUUCAGGUAUUCAGGCUCAGCUAAAGAAAGAGAGAACUCGAAUCGUAAAGGAAAUUGACAACUGCAUGGAAAAGGCAAACAUCAUACUGCAAAGAAGACGUAGCGCACUGGUGUCUGAACUGAGCUGUCUAGAGAAGCUCUUCUCAGCUGGGAGGGAGGAGUGUCAGAAACUGCAGGUGAGGCGGAGAGAGCUGCACACGGCCAUCCAGAAAGCACGACAUAUUCGCCAGGUCCCAUUACUGGAGUCUUACUGCCAUCUGGAUGAGAUUCUGGAGACUCUGCAGAAUCCUGUGGACACUGAAUCGUGUGAUAUGAGCUGCCUCACUCUGCGUUCAGAUCUUGGGUGCGUUCUUAAUGUGGAUUAUGUGAAAAACUGCCUGGAGAUCACAGAUGGAAAUUUUAAGCCUGUGUGCGAGGAUGUGGCCAUCCCUCCUGCUACAGAGGAUGUCAAGCAUCCGGUGAGGAGUGGAGGUUCAGGGGAAAAGAGAGAAAACCCUCAAGUGCUCACCUCACCUUGCCCAGCACCCCCCAAACACACCCGUGCUUCAAGCCCUAAUGUUAUUAUAGAGGAAAUAAUUGAGGAAGCAGUUGCUGGUGAAGAGAGAGAUGUAAUGGGCCAAGAUCCCAAGAAUAUUGAGAGGCAAAGGGUACAGAGGAAGAAUUGCAAGACACCGACAGACAGGAUCACUGUCUCUCAAAGAGUGCAGAUGUGGGUUGCAGUUACCCACAUAAUCAACCCAACACACUUCUAUGUGCGCUAUGUGAUGGAGCGCAAGGCAGAAGUCUUGUUGGCCAAAAAGAUUAACAGCACCUGCUCUGGAGAACGCAGCAAGUUCACUAAAGGGGACCAUAUUAAGACUGGAGCGCUGGUGUUUGUAAAAUGGAAGAAAGAUGUCUGGUAUAGAGCAGUGGUGUGUGAGCUGAUCCAGAAAGGCUGUCUGGAGUCUGUGAGUCAGUGCUCUGCAACUGAUGUUGUACGCCUGGAAGUAUUCUUCCCUGAUUAUGGCUUCUCUAAGGGACUCAUCUUUUCAGGUGAUGAUCUCGUUGGGUUGAAUGAAUGUGUACGGAGAUUUGAUUCUACUGCACAGGCAGACAUACAACGCUGGGCCCCUCUGGCCAUUAGGUGUUCCUUAAAAGACAUCAUUCCCUCAGACCUGAUAAAAGGCUGGAGCAAAGAAGCAUCUGAAGAGAUGAAGCGUGUGAUUGGCUCAGGUGCUGUGGAGAUGCAAGUGUUCAGUAACGAGAGAGACACACUUUUGGUGGAUCUGAAGAAAGUAUCGAUGAACACUUCACUUUCUCUGAGAGAACACCUUGUGUUCAUGGAACUUGCCAGGUUCUAUUGUCCUCAGGUGACCCUUGCUGGUGGUAAAACUUUGCUGUUUUACCCACCUGUCUUGCCCAAACUGAACACUCAGGUGAAUGCUGUGGUCUCCCAUGUGAACACACCAUCAGACUUCUACAUACAGCUAGUGGACAAUAUGGAGUUCCUGCUACUAAACACAAAACUACAGACCUGUUAUGGGCUUCCAGAAGCUGAAAGUGAUCUUCAGAUCUACUCACCUGUUCUGUCCCAGGCCUGUGUUGCCCUCUAUGACAACAAGGACUGGUGCAGGGCUCAAGUCACAGGUUUUCCUGGUGGACAGAAGGUAGAAAUCCAGUAUGUCGAUUUUGGCAACAAGGAAACACUGUCUGUUAAAGACCUCAGACAGAUAAAGAAUGAGUUUCUUUCACUUCCAGCCAUGGCACUAUGGUGUUCUCUGGAUGGUGUUUUGAGUGUGGGAGAAACUUGGAGCGAGGAGAGCAUUGACAUGUUCCGUAAAUUGACAGAAGAGAAACUGGUCACUGUAGUUGCAAAAAAACUUGUGCCCGUUUUCAUGGCAAUGCCCGUAUGUCUGUUUGAGGUCAGCGAGCAACCCACUGAAUGUCUGUCCAGCAUUGGAGAAAUACUGGUCACAAGUGGGCUGGCCUAUCUAAGCAAAGAAGUCUCAGCUAAGAAAUCUCUCCCGCUGGAGCAUACAGUUUGGGAUCCCCCAUUGGUGGAAGAGGGUCCAUCUGGGAGCGAGCCGAUGCUUCCUACCCUUGACCCUAUGGCGAUUCAGCCCAGUCUGACCUUGCCAGCUUGUCUGAAAGACUUAAAAGUGAAGGUUACCCAUGUGACCUCCCCUGGAAAUAUAUGUGUGCAGCUGCUCCAGUUUGACACUCAGCUAAAGAGGAUCCAUGAUUUGCUAAAAAAAGAGUAUUCCAAGUCUGAACCGCAGGAGAUCGCCUGGAAAGAGGAUAUGUUUUGUGCUGCUAAUGUUAAAGGUAUUUGGGAGAGAGCAAAGGUGUGCAGUGUGUCUUCCAGCAAUGUUGCAGAGGUGCUACGCUGUGACUUUGGUAAUGAAGUCAAGAUCCAUUUGAGUAACCUGAGACCUCUUCUCCCGGAGCUGGGUGGCUCCUAUAUGCUGGAGUGUUGCCUCAGUGACAUAAGGCCAGCUGGUGGUUGCUCCACCUGGACGGCUACAGCGUGUGACUUUAUUUCCUACUACCUCAACGGUGCAUUGGCUAUAAUGACUAUUAAGGAGCCUUCCUCUGUCAGACCAGUGCCCAUCUCUCUGUUCUGCUCUAACAGAGCAGGCCUGCAUGUCAACAUAGCAGAUUUCCUCGUCACUGAGGGUCUCGCUCUGAGAGAGAGAAGAGUCAAACCUACACCCAAGUCAGGAUCUGACUUGUUUGAUGACCUGGGCUGUGCAUUAGAUGAGACUGUGUCCCUGGAAGAAACUUCAUGUGAAGAGAGCAAUCAGAAGAAUAAAUCACCCUCUCCCUCUUGUUCACCAUUGCCUAAACCUGCCCCACGAAUCACUCCUCCUCCAGAAAGAGUGAGAACCCAGGCCUAUCUACCCCCAGAGUUGCCUCCAAUCGGGGACAUGUGCAUGAGCGUGUCUGCUGUCUCUGACGAUGGAGUCAUCCAUGUUAUGACGCUACAGGCCGUGUGUGAGUUUGAGUGCUUGCAAGAGCAGCUGCAGCAGCACAUUAAGACCUUGCCUAAGCAGAAGCAGUAUAACUGGAAGAAUGUAUUGGGCUGUGUUGUCAUGGGCUCUGACAUGCUGUGGUACCGUGGUCAAGUCCAGGAUGUGAUUGGAGGCUAUGUGAAGGUGCGAUAUGUGGAUCAGGGGAUCGUGGAGAACAUUCCAGUGUGCCAUGUGUAUCCGAUGGUGCUUUGUGAGAAUGUUCCACAGCUGUCUGUUCCUUGCCAGAUAAAUGGAGUAUUUCCGGUGGGCGGGGCAUGGCAGUGGGACGCAGUGGCUCUCAUGAAGGAGUUGCUGCUUGGCCGUACGGUCAGCGUUCACGUUAUUGAGCUGUCAGCGGAUCCAAGAGGCUUGGUUACUGUGGAGAUAAUACUGGAUGGAAUGCAACUAAGCAAAAUCAUGAUGCACCACCAGCACGCCACAUUCAGCCUGUCUGUCGGCAGCCCUGAGGAUUAUGUGGCGAAACCUCCAGUACCUGAUUUGGAUCACUGGGAUUUGAACACAGAGGGCUUGGAGGAACCCCAGACCAUGUUAGGGGUGUACACUGACCUCAAACUUCCAGACAAAGGGAAAUCUUGCUGGGUUAAAAUUAAUCACAUUCGCACCCCUAACGAGGUUUUUUUGAGUGUGUUAGAUCCACCAGUUUGUGAAGAACAGGAGUCUCUAGACGAAGCCAUGAGCCAAGUGAACAGUGACAUUGAUUCUUUGCCCCUGCUGGCAGACUUCCCAAUUGAGGGUCCUUGUCUGGCCGAAUAUAGUGAUGGCAAAUAUUACCGUGCAAAGCUUCUAGGCUUUUCUGAGUUCAAACCCAGCAUCCAGCUCCUUGUGAGACAUGUAGACUUUGGCUCAGAUGACAUUGUGCCACUUUGCAAACUACGCUGUCUCCCCAAGACACUGCUCCGUUUCCCAUGUGAGGCGGUUUAUGUUCAGCUCGCAGGGUUCAAGCCACGGCAUCUAUGUCAAGAGUCAGAACGCAUUCCCUAUUGUCCAAAGUGGAGCAUGAAGGCCAUGUUGGAGAUGCUUGACCUGCUGCAUGGAAAAUUGCGCACUGUGGUGAUGGCUGUCGAGCCACACCCAACAUUGUUGCUGUACAACGCUGAUGGCACUUUGGUCCACACUCCUCUAGUGGAGAAAGGCCUCGCUGAUUAUGACUGAUGGCACACAAUCAAUUGAGUUGAACAUGCGUCUCCAGGAAGGCAGUUUUACGUUCUUACUCUUCAGCUGUUCAGUUUCUUUUACUUUAAGUUCAUACAGGUCCCUGGAGACAGAGAAAAUACUUUUAUUUUUUUCCCCUCUGUGGCCCAGUUUAGUUUAAUACGCCCAGAUAAAGGAAACAUGCCUACAACUUAAUGGAUACACCUUACAGCUCCAGUUAAGUAAUUUAUCUGUUUAUCAUACAUGAUUCUCAGUAUGGAAAGAAAAUUCAUACCUAAUUCAUUAAUAUUAUUAUUAUUAUUUACAUAUGUCAUUACUAUGUUAUUACAUUUGCAACAGAUGAAUCUUGCGUUUUAUUUGCAAUUAAUCAAUUGCAAGGACGUUAUAUGUAAAACACAACCCCUUAAUAGUUUUGUUCAGACUUCAUAGCUUUUGUUUGAGACCAUGGUCUCAGUUUGUUUGUGAUACAAGUACACAUGACUUAAAGAAGCCUUAUAAUGAAACUUUCUUCUUUUGCUUACUUAAUCUGAGCUUGAUCAACGUAUCCAGUAAAUUGUGGACAGUUUUUCUUAAAAGGAGGGCCCAAUUUUAUUAUUUAGAAAGGACAAAAAGGCCUACUGAAAGGGCCUUGUUAAAGAAAUGUUUUGUAUUUUGACUUGUUUUAGAGCCGAAUUGCAGUGUUGUUCCUGUAUGGUAAUUAGAUUGUGUGUUUAAGUAAAUUUCUUGUGUUAAAAGUUCAGACUUGGGCUCUUCAUUUGAUUGUUUGAAUUAUGAAAAUAU